GUAUACUGGUGAAAAUCACCGCAACAUAGUAUAAAGUGAGGUUGUAUGCUAAACAUACCAGGGCAUGGGGUGAUUAUACAAGUGUCAGUAUAAGCAUGUCAAUAGAUUAUUUUAUAAAAUCACUUCUCUGCCUGUGCUAUAAACGUUGUUGUAGUAUAGAAUAGUGUUUAGUUGCUCUAGUGGGGAAAGAUUGUGUUAUACCAAGCAACUAAACGAUAGUAGCAUAUUGCUUUAAGUAUGAAAAAGCAAUUAGAUAUAUCACAAUUAUUAGAAGAUUGUUUUGAGCAUUAAGUAUGAAAAAGCAAGUAUAGCUCUUUCCUUAAUAGAGCGAAUGUGAUAAAAUAUGGAUUUAGUGAAUAGAGAGGAUUGAAUGCUAGCAGCAUAUAGUUACGAUUUAAGGAAAAAGGCAAUGGAAGGGUUGGAUGAAGGAGAAAGCAGAGAGAUGGUAUAGCUAACUCAAAUAAGGUUUACUUAAUUCUUAAAAUCCAAAAGUUAUGUCCACCUAGUUUAAAGUUUUUAGCUUGGGAUGAGCUCCUUUCACAAUUCAAUUUCUGAUGAUAAUUUUGUUGUCGAUGUGCUUCUCAACUGCGGUGCUCACUUGCACUUCUCCUAAAAAUUUCUUACCAUAAGUUGAAUUUGAAAAAAGUCUAAUGAUGUGGCAACUGUUAACAAAAAUGCAUGGCAGUGGUAAUAACUUCGUCAUCAUAGAUUCACGUUUAGUAGAUAAUGUAAAUCGGGAUUAUAAAAAGAUAGCUAAUAACAGUAACUGUGAUCAAGUUAUAGUUGUCACUAAUUCCAAUGUUGCAGAUUGUUUUAUGCAUAUUUAUAAUGCUGAUGGUAGUAAAGUUGAAACGUGUGGAAAUGCAGCACGUUGUGUGGGAUAUUUGAUCAUGCUGGAAAAAGGUACUGAAUAUGCAACUAUUGAACUGAUGAAUGAACGGAUUUUAGAAUGCUUUAAAGCAGGUAAUAAAUCCAUCAAAAUCAAUAUGGGGAAACCGUCACUUAAGUGGUAUGAAAUUCCUCUAUCAACUGAAUGCGAUACUCUCCACUUACCGAUAGAACUUGGAGUAUUAAAAGAUCCAGUUGCAGUCAAUAUUGGUAAUCCUCAUAUGAUCUUUUUUGUUGAUAGUAUAGAUAAGAUACCAUUGUUAAACUUAGCACCACAGCUAGAAACCCAUAUACUAUUUCCUAAGAAAACUAAUGUCAGCAUUGCACAAAUAGACAAAUCAGGAGAAAUAAAUUUGCAGGUCUGGGAAAGGGGCACAGGUAUUACUGCAUCGUGCGGUAGUGCAGCUUGUGCAGCUUUUGUUGCAUCUGUACUACGCGGAUAUAUUACUGCUCAACAGACUUCGGUGAACUUUCUUGGAGGUAAUUUAUCUAUCGAGUGGACAGAUAAUGUAUUUAUGACUGGUGAUGUAGAAUUUAUUCAAUGA